CUUUGGAGUAUCAAGAAUGAGUAAGCGUAUAUAUGAUAAUGUACAAUGAAACUUGUACUCCUUUUUUCGCUCUAUAGUGCGUUUCUUAGAUUUAAACACCGCUGGUAGUUAUUGCUGAUGGCCCAAAGUUUACCUAGUGGCUGAGCUAGAGUUUAACUGUUUCUUCUUGCCAAGAAUUACCACCGCCCUCUCUUCGUCUUUGUCCAUUACUUCUUAUACUUCUUCCUCUUCCUCUUCUUCUUAUUCUUCGUCCUCUUCGCGAGAGUUAAGCUGUCGAGGAUCCAUUUGGAAGCCAGUAGUCAUCUAGCUUAGGCGACUGCUUUUAUUUAAACGGUGUAAUAUAUUUAUUAACCAUCAUCAUCAUCUUGCUCAUAUCUUUUAAAUCUGAUCAGUUGACGUGGAUAACAUCACUCACUGCUAAUUGAAUUUGUCGAUCCAAGAUCUAUCACCCUCUUGUUGUCUUUACUUGUCGUACUUGUUGUUGCUCUUCACUUCUAUUGGUACGGAUGAUGACCACUUGAGUCAAUGUCCGAAUAUUUUAACACUCCUAUUCUUGUACCAGUUGUUAGUUUGUUCAUUGUGAUCUAUUAUCUAAACUACAUCCUGUUGAGAGUGAUAUACAAUUAUUUAUCAUAAUGUUGAGAUAUAUUUGGAGUUUACCUCCAAUUUCUAGACACAGAACCAUGGAUGACAAUGAAGAAAUGGGAACCAAAGUUGAGCUUUAUGUGUACGAUUUGACCAAAGGGGCUGCUGCAAUAAUGUCUCAACUUCUUAUAGGCCGACACAUAGACGGGAUUUGGCAUACAGCGAUCGUCGCCUACGGUCGUGAAUAUUUCUUCGGGCCAUCUGGGAUACAGAGUAUCCGACCAGGCGGUACAGUUCUAGGUGAACCUCUGAGAGUAGAAAAGCUCGGAGAUACAUUUUUACCCUACUCGGUAUUCCUGGAGUACAUUAACGGUUUGGGAACAUCGAAAUUUGCCGCUGGGACGUAUCAUCUGCUGCGAGUAAACUGCAACAAUUUCUCAGACGAGGUGAGCAGCUUCCUGGUGGGCAGUGGCAUUCCGAAAUACAUUCUCGACUUACCUGAAGAAAUAAUCAAGACGCCCGUAGGACAGGCAUUAGCACCAUUGAUAGAGACCCUCGCAAACAGUGCGAGUGCUGGAUUCACAGUCGGGCACAGAUUCGUCGAGCCAAGGAUUCAACGUGAGGUAUCACCCGAGUAUCAGCUUCUUAAUACGGCGAUCGAGGAAGCCCGGCUCAAUUCAAUAGCUUUGGAGGAAAGGCGAAACGUUUUGAACGAGAAACUUGCUAAGAAGGAGCGGAAAAAGAAAAAGAAGAAGAAGGAAAAACACGAUAAAUCUAAAGGGACCAGUGGUAGUGACAGUAACAGUACAGGACCUAGUAAUUAUUCUACGAUGGCAGACAGUGAAGUAGCGGAAAUGCAAUCAGCGAACGGAGACAUGGGCGCUGAAAUGUUGCCCUCUGAUCGUGUUCUUCAGAUGGAAGCUGAAGAAAGACGAGAGCUUGAGGAAAGAAAACGUCAAAGAGAUCCUCCGAUUGUGUUCAAAGACUUGACAGAUCUUACGGCAGAGUUUGAUGCUCUUUGUCGUCUACUCGAAGGAAAACUCAACGAAACUGAAAUAACAAAUUUAGAUGAACUGCGUCAGUAUGCGUUGGAGAAUGAAGGCUCUUGGGCAUUGGGUGAUAAUUUUUUAAAUUUCAUUGGACGAAUUUUGUAUGACAAGUCAUUGGACACCGCGGCAAAAGUUAAACUAUUGAAUAUUCUUGCAAUAGCGGCGCUCAAAGAUGAUGUUAUUCUUCUGCUGCACCAAGACAGACGAGAGCAUACAAUAAUGAAUUAUGCUUUUGACAUUGACCGCCAUUCUCCCGAAGAACAACUUCCUCUAGCUCAAUUUAUUACUAACAUGUUUGAAAAUUUGAGUAGCUCCGAGUGGUUACUUUACAUUUCCGAGUGGCAGCACAACAAUCAAGGUAUCAGUAACAUCAGAGUAACUACAAAAGUAGCAGUACACUCACUACUAUCAGAAUCAGCAGAUCUUCAGGCUUGUGGUGCGGCGAUUAUUCACAACCUUGCUUGCAAGGAGAAAAUGAACAAAAACAAAAAGCUACGGCAACUUUUACCGAAAGGUAGCAGUUCUAAGGUGUUUGAUGAUGUCGCCGUGGAGUUAACAAUGGCACUGCUCCAGUACUUCAAUGGCAGCCCAUCCGAGGAACAUUUGUUCGCGUGCAUGAAGGCACUUGCACGAUUCACUCAAAUAAGCGGUCACGAAGUGCCGCAAUUGAUCCAAAUGAUCGGUCCGGAGCCAAAUAAAUUCCGCGGUACAUCAAGACGAGUAGACGAAAUGAUCGACGAAGUCAACAAGAAGCUGCGUUAAUUUUAAUUUAAUCAGGAAAUCAUAUGAUCGUGAGAGAUAUUUAUAAAAUAAAUAUUUCCGUUAUUAAAUAAUAAUAAUAAUAAUAACUUAUUAUUUACACAAGAACUCUGAUAAUGCUUUUUAUUUGAUGAUUUACAUUUUUUUAUACCUAAUAUUUAUCUUUUUAGAUAAUUCAAUUAAUUAUUUUUAUUUGGUUUUUCGAAUACUGUGAGCUGUUAAUUGAAUUUUAUUUUAAAUUUUUUAAAAUGCAUUUUAUAAAUAUUUAAAUUUAAAAGUAAACAAAUAAAUAAAUAGUUAUUUUUUUGUCCACUGAAUAACUUUUAAAAAUAUUUUAUUUUAUUUUUACAAAAUUUAAAAUCUAAUAAAUUUUUGGAACCAAAAAUAUUCUGGUCUGCUUUUUUUGGAUUACUGUAAAUAAAUUUCGAUUUUCUUCUCAAUAAAA